AGCAAUCAAGCAGGAAGAAGAAAACAAGAAAACCAACAGAACCUUUGCUUUUCAUUUCCUUCUUCUUAACUCAAGCAGGAACUGAAUGGAAAACCCAGAAAUGAAUCAGCUUCCUGAAGUGGAUUCACUGCCAGAUGGGUUUGUUGAUAGUCCCACAGCACCUUUGGCUCCUCACACCCCAAAUUUGGAGAAGGAAAAGCUGCAAAAGGCUGAUUACAAGGAAGAGUUAGUGUCAAAUGAUUUUGAUGCAAGCACUAGUGGUACUGGGAAAACUCAGAAACCGAGAACUUUUCCGGUGCCAUUAGCUGAAACAGAUGGUUUUGAUGAAUCGUUGGAUUCAGUAGAAGGUGGAUUAGUCAUGCCCGGGUCGAGUAGUUCUGUUCCUGAGGCUGCAGUUGGGGUUCUCAAGGGCAGUGAGGUGAAAGGAGAAGCUAAAGAGGUGUGUCAGAGUACAGAAAGAUCUACUGAAGGAGGGCUGAACAAAAGCUCAAAAAAUCUGAAGGAAAUAACUUCACCCGAAAGCGUGGAUCUUCUGCAAAACAAAAAACCUGAAAUUGCUGAAACCAAACGUAAAAAUGCAAAACGUAGUAGCUUCAUAUCAGAAAAGGAAGUUCUGGAGUUGUCUUUGAGAUAUCAACAAGUUCUUACAGAAAGAGAUGCAGCUGUUGCUGUUCGCGAUAAACUUGAGUCACUCUGUAGGGAAUUACAACGUCAAAACAAAAUGCUAAUGGAUGAAUGUAAACGAGUAUCAACAGAGGGGCAAACCUUAAGAUUGGAUUUAUCAGCCAAGUUUCAGGAAGCCAUCAAGGAUGUGAGCAAUAAGCUAGAAGAGCAGAAGGAUGAAAGCCUCACUCAACUAAAGGAAAAUGAGACGUUAAGAACUAAACUGAAGCAGCUUGCUGAUCAGUAUGUUCUCUCUGAACAGCAACAUGCACAGAUGUUAAAGCAGAAGACUUUGGAACUACAACUUGCUGACCUGAAAAUUAAGCAACAUGAAGAGAAACUGAUUCAGGAACAGUCGCAGAUGAAAAUAUAUGCAGAACAAGUAUCACAGUUGUUGGCAACUGAAAAGAAUUUGCGAUCGCAGUUGACAGCUGAUGGAGAAAAAUUCCAGCAGUUUCAGGUCAGAUCCGUCCUGUGCCAUUUAUCACCUUAUGAUUUAUCUGCAAUCGUGCAAGUCCUACUUGAUUUUAAUUGACUGAUGGAGGCAAGUAUGGAUGUUGAUAUUCUGUACUUCUAUGUGCCUUGGACCUGUUCCAUUCCUUAUACUGAUCAGAAGGGUGGUUAUCACCUGUGCAGUUCUAUAGUUGUAUCAUCACGAAAUGGAAAAGGUUACAAAACUGAAAACUCUAAUGUUAUUGCUGACAGAAAAGUAAUGCAGGUUGUAAUUACUACAGCAAUCACUGACAGAAGAGUAGUGGGAUACUAAUGAAAUAUCUUUGUAGAU